AGAAGAAGAUGAUCAAUGGCGGUGGAAAAAAAUGUCAAUCUUCUUUCAGUUGGCUUACUGGAAGGAUUUGCUUGUAAGCCAUAAUAUUGAUGUAAUGCACGUGGAAAAAAAUGUUUCUGAUGCACUGUUAUCAAUUCUGAUGCAUAAUGGGAAAUCCAAGGAUGGUUUAAAAGCAAGAAAAUACUUAGAAGACAUUGGUAUUCGUAGCAACUUACACACACAGAAGCGUGGGAAGAGAACUUACUUGCCUUCAGCGGCGUAUUGGCUUUCUAAGGAGGAAAAACGUAAAUUCUGCAGAAGAUUAUCCAAAUUCAGAGGACCAGAUGGAUAUUGUGCCAACAUAUCCAAUUGUGUGUCAGUAGAUCCUCCCAACAUUGGUAGUAUGAAGUCACAUGACCACCAUGUUAUGCUGCAAAAUUUGUUUCCUGUGGCAUUGAGAGGUUUACUGCCUAGAGGACCUCGUAUUGUAGUGAAUUGUAUCUGCAAUUUCUUCAAUAGAUGUUCCAACGUGUACAUGAAGACACUUAAGGCAUAUGUGAAGAAUUUUGCAAGGCCAGAAGCUUUUAUGGCGGAGGGCUACUUGGCUGGUGAAUGCAUUGCAUUCUGUUUGGAGUUCCUCCAGAAAUCUGUUCUAGUACAAGAAACUCUUAAUCGUAAUGAAGAUCUUGAAGCAGAUCAACAAAUUCUUGAAGGCAGACCACUACAUAAAGCUACAGAAAAGACUCUUACAGAUAAAGAACGAGACAUAGCUCAUCGGUAUAUUCUCAUGAAUACAGCAGUCAUGGAACCAUAUAUUGAGUUGCAUUUGGAAGAACUACAAGCUACAGAUGUAAGAUGUGCAAAGAAUGAAACACUCUUGUGGAAAUAUCACACAGAAAGGUUCCCACAAUGGAUCAAAUAUAAGAUACCAAGUAACUCAAAAGAUCAUUCUAGUAGACUGAGAUGGCUUGCAUUUGGACCAAGACAUAUUGCUCAAACUUACAAGGGGUAUAUAAUUAAUGGUAAGCGGUUCCACACUGAUGAUGUCAAGAGGAAAACCCAGGAGAGUGGAGUAACUUAUGAAGCAUUUUCUAUGUGUAGAUCAAGUGCUAAAGAUACUAGACAAAUGGCGGUAGAUAUAAUAUCAUUCUAUGGAGUGAUAAAGGAGAUCUUGAUGCUGGACUACCACAUGUUCCAGAUUCCAGUUUUUAGGUGUAUUUGGGCUAACAAAGGGAAUGGAGUGAAAGAGGAAGACGGUUUCACACUUGUCAAUCUCCAUAUGAACCAGUCAGCAUACUUAAAUGAUCCUUUCAUUUUGGCAUCGCAGGCUAAACAAGUUUUUUAUUCUAGAGAAGAUGACAGCUCACCUUGGUAUGUUUGUAUGAGGGCGCCACCAAGAGGGUACCAUGAGCUAGAAACAGUAGAGGAGUUUGUUUCUACACCAUUAUCAGUCCAGCCAAUUGAAGAUUUAGGAGAUCAAUCAUCUGACGACGAGAGUUUUUGUGUUAGUAAGCGCCAGGCAGGCCUUGAUGUCACUCCUGUAGUGUCAUUGAAGAAGAAGAAGAGAAACAAGAAGUCUAUCAUUGAAGAGAAUGAAAGAGACAAUGAAGAAGAGAGAAUAGAAGUGGCUACUGAAGGAGAUGAUGGUGUAGAGGAAGAAGAUAUUAAUGGAGAAGAAGAUAUUGAAGAACAAGAGAAUGGAGCAGAAGAUAAUGAAGAACAAGAUAAUGGUCAGUCUCAAGAGAAUGAAAGAGAUAAUGAAGAAGUAGAAGAACACUCACCCCAAAUACAAGAAGAUCCAAUACCUCCUUCCACAGCAAGUGCCUCUGAAACCCAGACACACCAGUCAGACGACAAAAAUAGGAAGUCAAGAGGUCCAACUAGAAUGCGCAAAGUGGCAAAGAAUCUUGAGGAUAAGGUAGAAGUGGAGUUUAAUGCUCUUGGUGAGCAUGUUGGUAAGGGAUCAGUGACACUCUCCUCUUUCCUUGGUCCUCUAGUGAGAGAGCAUGUGCCUGUACUGCUAGAUGACUGGAGACAGCUUGAUCAAAGGACAAAAGACGUUAUGUGGGAAGAAAUUCAGGGGAGGUUCAAUAUAAAAGAAGAUUGGCAGAAAGAAGCAGUAUUUAGGCAAAUGGGUGGUAUGUGGAGGGCUGUCAAAUCCAAGCUUGUUACCAAAGUAAGAUCUACUAAAAGCAAAGUUGCUCUACAGCAAAUGAAGCCUAGCAACAUCCAAUGUACAUCAGCCUGGAACAGUUGGGUUAAGAACAAAUGCACAUCAGCUUUUAAGGAACGAAGUGAAAAAUACAGGCAACUGAGGAAGGGUCAAAUUCCUCAUACUACAAGCCCCAAAGGAAUGACUCGCUUAGCUGAUGAGAUGGAAAUGAUCAAGACCAUUGAUAGUGAAAUGGACUCCACCACAUCCACGGAUAAUGUUAGGGAAGAUGCUGUGAGUCAGGUACUAGGAAAAGACAGACCAAGAAGAGUUAGGGGGAUGGGCAGAGGCGCAACUGUUACAAAGUUAGCAUUCUCACAGACAAGAGACUCUCAUGUCAAGAAGCUUGAAGCUUCUCAAGCAGAAUUGCUAAGUAAGCUUGAAAAUUUGCAGAAUGUGGUUAGUAACUUAGCUAGUAAAAAGAGACAAACUGAUGAUGUUUCCAUGUCUGACUUAAGCAAUGUUAGCAAAAGAGGAGUUAGGUGUCAGCUUCUUGAUUGGUGUUCAAAUGUUGAGGUGGUUGUUGGUGAAGGAGAAUUCUGCUCCAGUGAACACACAUAUAAGAUUGGUAGAAUACCAUUGGGUCGCAAUGCAUCUGUUGUACUUGUGAAGUCCACAACAGUUAUACAUGCAUCUGUCUGGAGACCUACUCCAACCAUUUUCACACUUAGUGAAGCUGUUGGACAUAAAAUUGCAUGGCCACUUGACAAGAUUAUAUUGGAUGAGGAUAUUAACUUGUCCCAACCUACUAAGACUGUCGAAUCAGAGCAGGUAAAUUACAACUACUAUUGAGUUCCUCUUAAAUUCAUAUUGGUUAGAUUACUAAUAUAGAUAUAUGUUUGCAUGAUUCAUUAGCCAACAAAUGAAUCACUAGGAAGAAUUAAAAUCUUUCAAUAUUG